AUGCUUGCAAGAUUGAGCGGUAUUGGAAUGGGUAUUGGUGUGUUGACUGUCACUGCUGCAAGAGCGAUGUCUUCGAAUACAGUUCAUGAAUUCAGCGCAAAAGACGUCGAUGGGAACGUUGUUUCAAUGAAUAAAUACAAGGGUCAUACGCUUAUCAUAGUGAAUGUGGCGUCUGACUGUGGCCUCACUAACUCGAACUAUACUGAACUCAAAGAAGUGCUUGAAAAAUACCGUGACUCAGGACUUCGAGUUGCCGCAUUUCCAUGCAAUCAAUUUGGCAAUCAGGAGCCUGGAUGUGAACUGGAUAUUAAAGAAUUUGUCAAUAAGAAGUACGCAUUUGAACCGGAUUUGUUUGCGAAGAUCGAUGUGAAUGGUGAGAAUGCGCAUCCGUUGUACAAGUUUUUGAAGGCUGAACAAGGCGGAACACUAACCAAUUCGAUUAAAUGGAACUUCACAAAGUUCUUGGUUGAUAAAGAGGGUCAUGUGGUCAGUGUGCAUAAUUCUUUUUGGUUGUUUUCUGCUUAUUUCUAA